ACGGGCUCAAAGCACGUGCCAAUUGGGGCGAGCUUGGUGCCCUUUGCUCGCCUUGGGGAGCGAUGUCGGUGUCUCUGAGCUCUAGGGCCUCCAGGGUCUCAGGAUGGAAGCAGGCAGGACAACCGAACUUGAACCCACGGCUCACCAUCAUGCCGGACACGCCUCUGACGAAUGGUCAGGGCUUUGCACAGAUGGAACUCCGAAUGGAUCAGUUGUCCAAGAAGAUGGAUGCAGUUCUGGAGGAGCUGAGGAGUUGGCGAGAGAAGGCCUUGGUGGAACCGAAGAAAGUGAACCACCAUGUGCUCCUAACGCCUCAACGCUUGGUUCCUGCCGGGCGGGAGGACGACCAGGACAAACCCAGAGUUAGUGUGGCUUCGAACAUGUCUGAAAACGCGAUGAUGCUUCAGCCUACAGUGCGUCAGAUGGAUCUUCACAAUGCCUACAAGUGA